UUGGAACUCAGAAGUGAGUGUUGCAACCGAGGACAGACAAUUUUUACAUGCUAUCGGCCUACUAUAGGCUAACGUUAACUAUCUGGCCUGGCACAUCAUUGCCAAUGAAAGGAAGUUAGGCUUGCUAGCAAGGAUUUUAGCCAGGCAGCCUAGAACAACAUAAACUAAAAGUGUGUAGCCUACUGUAUGACCUACUGUAUGACCGUUUCUAAUAUGAAAGAGGAGGAUGUCAUUGGCGUUUCUCUACAAGUAGGUUCUCUGUGCUUCCCAGCAAACAGUUCAGUCUGAGACUCAGCAGGUGAAAGGCAUCGUGGGACAGUCUUUCUCUUUUCAAGAGAGGGUGAUCAAUUCUAGCAAUUUACUUUAUGGAGAACUUGGCAGUAUUGCAAAUAUGUACCCUGGUAAAGAAGGCAAAAUCACCCUUGAGAAGAGAUUUGAAAACCGCCUCCACUUGAACAAUGUUACAAGAUACUUCACUCUGUCAGACCUUCAGAUAGACGAUGCUGGGGUUUAUACUGUAGAGAAUACAAACGAAGAGAAAAAAACAACAAAAUUUGAGCUCACUGUAUACAAUGUUGUUUCCAAACCUCAGGUGACAGAGUGUGACCGCAGCUCCUGUAGUGUGGUGUGUUCUGUGGACAAUGAAAAAGAGGUGACCUUGACCUUGUACAGGGGAGAGAAAAUACUUAACCAGACCAGCAGUCCUGACCUCACCACCGAUCUCUCUCUCCACUUGGAGGUAGAGGGAAAGAACUACAACUCCACCCACAGCUGUGUGGCUUCCAACCCUGUCAGCAAUGAGACAGUUCUUGUCCCAAAAUGUUGCAGUGAAGAUGGUCAUCCUAAUGAUGCUGACAGUGAUUGGAUGACUCUGGGUAUGGUUUUUGCUGUAAUCUGCGUUUUGGUUGCCUCUGGGCUGGUUGGACUUGCAAUCUAUCUAAGGAAGAGGGGAAAUGAACACUCACAAGAUUCAUCCAAAAGAGUGCAAGUUGACAUUGUGUAUGCAACGAUAAUUCCUAGAAAACGAACAGAUAACCAGGAGGAGCGAACAGAUAUACCGGAAUUGGAGUCACACAGAACAGAUAUACCAGAAUUGGAGUCGCGUAGAGACAACCCUAACCUGACAUCAGUUUAUGAUACACUCCUGUUACAUCGCAUGUCUGCCAGCGGGGAUGUUGACACAGCAUGAAGGAGAAAAACAGGAAGUCAAUGGGAGGUCGAAAUGAUAAUCCAUCUUUUUAAAUGCCUUUUGUCCCAAAUCCCAAUGUAUAAGUUAAAACAAAUGGAACACGUAUUUUAAUACAAUUCACUAGUGUGUUUGCUAUGCUACUGCUGUGCCAAAGCUUCCUUUCAGUACUGUCUGUUCUGUUGUUUAAAAUGUAGGUGCCUCCCCUGUAUCGUUUUUAUAGCUGGUCAUUGUUUAGCUUGCCAGUGGAUAGCAGCUGUGUACAUACAUUUAAAAAGAGCAGGCGUUUGAGAUAAAGCCACCUACUCCUUAGAAGCAAUGGCUGUUAGGCUGCUUUAGAAACAAAACAGUCCAUAGAUACAUGUUUUCCUUUCAACAUUUAGGUUGUAUUGAGGGGUGGCCAGCUCUAGGAAGAGUCUUGGUGGUUCCAAACUUUUUCCAUUUAAGAAUGAUGGAGGCCACUGUGUUCUUGGGGACCUUCAAUGCUGCACCCUUCCCCAAAUCUGUGCCCCGACAAUCCUGUCUUGGAGCUCUAUGGACAAUUGCUUUUUUGUUUUUGCUUUGACAUGCAAUGUCAACUAUGGGACCAUAUAAAGACAGGUGUGUGCCUUUCCAAAUCAUGUCCAAUCAUAUGAAUUUACCACAGGUGGACUCCAAUCAAGUUGUAGCAACAUCUAAAGGAUGAUCAAUGAAAACAGGAUGCACCUGAGCUCAAUUUCAAGUCUCAUAGCAAAGGGUCUGAAUACUUGUGCAAUUAAGGUACCUGUAAAUUCAUUUGCAAAAAAAAGUAUAUUUAAAACAUGUAGUUUGUUACAUUUGACAGUGAAACCUAGCAGUACUACUUAUUUCUUUGAAAGUGAGACGGAUGUGCUGUAUAGCAUGUUGAGGACUAUUUUUGACCACUCAUGCAGGAGUAACAAGGCCCUAGUUCACCAAGGAGUAAUAUCAUUUUGGGAUUUAUUUCAAUGUGUCUAUGGUUUCUGCAGCAGUCUUAGCACCCCUACUUCUCGUGGUUAUGCAUUAUGACUGUUUUCAAUUCAAUAUGUCAAAGUUGUAAAUGUGCCUUUCCUUAUAUAAACAAACUAUAAAAGUAAUGGCUUCAGCCAGGAGAAGAGAUAA